CUUUAGCCAUCGAGAAAGAAGAAAAAAAGUAUAUAAAGAGGUAGUUGUAAACUGAUAAACUGCUUCAUUCUUGCAUUAGACACAGCAGUCAAUCCAAACCUUAACUUCAUUGCCUUAUAUUCUUAUAGCCAUUUCAUUCUCAAGCAAGAACAAACAAAACGCCAAAAAAAAAAAAAAAAUGGAAAUUAAACAAGGGAAAUCAAUGGAGAAUUCAUCCGUUGUUUCGGAGUUUGAAGGGACUCUUCUGAAAGACCCCUAUCCUUUUUCCUACUUCAUGUUGGUAGCAUUCGAGGCGUCGGGUUUGAUUCGUUUCGCAUUGUUGUUAAUCGUAUGGCCGGUGAUUCGGCUGCUAGACGUGUUGGGGAUGAGCCAUCUGGGGCUGAAGCUUAUGAUCUUCGUUUCUACUUGCGGCGUUCAUGAGUUGGAGAUUCAGUCAGUGGCCAGAGCCGUUUUGCCGAAAUUUUAUAUGGAUGAUAUUGACAUGGAGGCGUGGAGAGUUUUUAAUUCGUUUGAUAGAAGAGUUGUGGUGACCCGAACGCCGCGGAUUAUGGUGGAGAGGUUUGUGAAAGAGCAUUUACGAGCUGAUGAAGUGAUCGGUAGUGAACUUUGGGUUAACCGAUUUGGGUUUGCCACAGGUUUUAUUAAAGGAGAUUCUGAUUGUAUCUCUAAUCAGCUUGCUAAAUUGUUCAUUGAUCAAAAUCCUACCUUAUGUUUAGGAAGAAAUACUUCGAGUUUUACAUUUUUAUCAUUAUGUUGUAAGGAACAAAGGCAGCCACCAUUUAUCUCCAACGAAACGCAACUUGACCACCAGGUGCUACGCCCACUUCCUGUGAUCUUCCACGACGGCCGUCUUGUGAAGCGACCGACGCCGUCCACCGCUCUACUAAUCAUCCUAUGGAUUCCACUUGGAAUAAUAUUGGCAAUGAUUAGAAUAAUUGUUGGACUAAUGUUGCCCAUGUGGGCUAUCCCCUACAUGUCACGUUUAUUUGGCGGCACAGUCAUUGUCAAAGGGAAACCACCACCGCCGGUGACCGGUAGCAACAGCGGGGUCCUCUUUGUAUGCACCCACCGAACCCUAAUGGACCCUGUGGUCUUAUCUGCAGUAUUAAGACGCAAAAUCCCAGCUGUCACUUACUCCAUUUCAAGAUUAUCAGAAAUUCUAUCACCAAUUCCCACCGUUAGAUUAUCAAGAAUCCGCCAUGUCGAUGCUGAAAAAAUUAGAAGAGAACUAGCCGAAGGUGACCUUGUGGUUUGUCCAGAGGGAACGACAUGUAGAGAACCUUUUUUACUAAGAUUCAGCGCUCUCUUUGCUGAAUUAACAGACCGUAUAGUUCCCGUAGCCAUGAAUUACCGGGUCGGGUUUUUCCAUGCAACAACAGCAAGAGGGUGGAAAGGUUUGGAUCCAAUUUUCUUCUUCAUGAACCCAAGACCCGUUUACGAAGUAACGUUCUUGAAGCAGUUGCCAGUGGAGGCCACUUGCUCGGCCGGUAAAAGCCCACAUGACGUGGCGAAUUACGUUCAGAGAAUCCUGGCUGCUACAUUAGGGUUUGAAUGCACAAACUUCACAAGGAAGGAUAAAUACAGGAUGCUGGCGGGGAAUGAUGGAACCGUGUCGUAUACUUCGUUUGUAGGUCAGGCGAAGAAGGUGGUGGGCACAUUUAAGCCGUUUAUUCACUAAGAAAAAUAUGAGAAAUAAGAUUGUUUAUGUGGAUUUGUUUUUGCUUUGUCUAAAGAUGGGAUUGAUCUGUAUUUUUAAUUAUAUUCUUUCUUUUAUUUGUUUUUGAAUUAUUAUUUCUACAAUUGUUGAAUAAUAGUACGAGGGUAACUGAUACUAAUCAGUUGAUGAUGUUAGUUAUCCGAUUGGGACUUGCAAUCAUAAA